UAUCUCAGAACCACUUCAGAAAUUACAAUUACAGAAAUCCUUGAAGAACAUCUCGAUGAUAGGACAGUAAUAAAAAUCAUGAAGAGUUGGCUAAGGAGCUCAUUUUGAAUGUAACAGUUAGGCAAAAAGAAGAUUGAUAGGCAAGAAAGAAGGCAGCUAAAUUUUGUGCAAAUGUGAUAAGAAGAAAGUUGGGUAGUAUUUAAACAGAGAUCUUGCUGAUAAAAUUAGCCUUGAGUCAUCCAUAAUUAAGCUUAAUUUUGAACUAAGCGGAAGAGGGAUCAAGAACUUUGAUGACGACAAGUUUUAUGUUGAGGAAAGGAACAAUAUCUGUGUUGCCUGAGGAAGUAGUAAGAAUUAUAUGGCUAUUAGAAAGUAAGUUGAGCUUGAGCAUGAGCUAUCAGGGAAUAUAAUGUCCCAAUGAAGGUUCUUAACAUAGAAGCUCAGAGAAAAGAAACAAUAAAUUUAUUUUUAAAGAAGGCCUAGAAGCAUAAUCAGAGGAGAGAAGAAGAUUCCAGAAGAAAGACUUCUAGAAUGUACAAGGAUUGCAUAGAGGAAGCUCGGAAUAUUCUGGAAGGAGAAGUGUUAAAAGAGGAACAUCAAGAAUCCUUGAAGAAAUUCUUGAGCUCACUAGAAGAGGAGUCAAAAAAUAGAUUUUCGGUCUUAAAAGAUUCGCUUAAAUUCGAGCCAAGACAUAUAUCGUCUGUUUUUACCAAGAGGCAGAACAUUUAUGGAAAGUUGAUCGCUGAGAAGUAUGGAAAGAGCGACAAAAUCCCUGAUUUCAUAAUGAUGUUGAGGCAAUUCUUUAUUGAUAAUCUCAAGUCAAAAUAUCUACCAAAGAAUUGAUAUGUAGGCCAUUUAAUCGAAAGAGUGUCUGGAGGCUAAAUCUCUUUUCUACCACAGGGAAGAUG